CAUAGGUAUUGGUUUGCUUUGAAGUAUGGCUGCCAAGCUGUGUUUAAACAAAACAGCAGCAGAGAUGCAUCAGAAACAGACCUUUCCAACUUCAUUCAAAAACAAGCCAUCGAUGUAGUGACCGAUAUUAACAUGCUCAGAGUGUUCAAGACUUUUCUUGAGACCACACCACAGCUUUUUGUCCAGAUUUACAUCCUCAUGCAACAUGGCGAAAAUAAUUUCUAUCCAUAUGCUGCCAUUAUUAUGUCUUUUUGUGGUAUCUCCUUUUCAACGGUUGAUUAUCAGAUAUCAUUAAGAAAAUCUCUGCCUGAUAAAGAUGAAUUUCAUGUGCUUCCCAAGUUAGUGUAUCUCUUCUAUAAACUGCUUACCAUCACUUCCUGGAUACUCAGUUUUUCACUGAUCACUCUUCUAAGCGUUAGAAGUUCUGUAAUUCUGCUGGUAUUUCUUUGGAUCUGUGGCUUCAUCUGGACUUGGAAACAACAUACAGCAUUUUGUAAAUCCAAGAAGAUGGAAUGUCUGUACAGAACUGUUGUUGGAAUUAUUCUAAUUUUUACCUUUUUUAACAUAAAGGGGAGAAAAACAAAAGUUUGCAUUUCUAUUUAUUAUGCCACUCACACUCUUGUAACUCUAGGUGUUUUGUUUGUAUAUGUAUUUUGGAAACCUUCCAUCAUCAAGGAAAUACAUUUUACGACUGUGAGCAUCCUCACUGUUCUUAGUCUGGUGUUAGGUAUUAUUUUUCUUGUUCUGUAUUAUAGGUGGUUUCAUCCCACUGCUUAUUGCAGACCACAGGCAUGUUCAGAUGAAACUGAUGGAGAGGCAGGACAAAGAGAGAGAGCAAAACCUGGUAGAUUUCAAAAUUUCAUAAUGCAGUGA